GGGAAGGAUUACUCGAGAAGGAAAAAAAAUAAAUAAAAAAAAAUCGCUUGGCUUCCCCCCGUCUCCUUGCGCCUCCGCCCCCUACUCCGGCGAGCCGAGCCGCCGUCCGCCGCCGCCGCAUCGCGAGUCCUUCCCUCGUCGGGCAGUCGCCUGCCCCAGGAUAUCAAUUCAGCCACACAUUCCCUACAUCGUUGCUAGUUACACAUGUAGCACCUCUGGUUGAAAGCCAAUACUACUACUGCUACCUAAUCCAAAGCAAGGUGCUGUAAAUUCAGGUGAUGAGCAAAUGCAAUGUAUCAGCCAAAUCCUAUUUCCAGCAGUGGUCAGACUCAUGGCAAUCCUACUGCUCAUGAGCAAAUGGAGUUAGGGAACAAUGCUAUUGUCCCUAGUAACGGAGGGAACAAUAACCCUAAUAUGGCGGCAAGACAGCGGUUACGUUGGACAAAUGAGUUGCAUGACCGUUUCGUGGAGGCUGUUACUCAGCUUGGUGGGCCUGAUAGAGCCACUCCUAAGGGAGUUCUGAGAAUUAUGGGUGUGCCAGGACUGACAAUAUACCAUGUGAAAAGUCACCUACAGAAAUACCGGCUUGCAAAGUACAUUCCAGACCCUUCAGCUGAUGACAACAAGGAUGAAGAUAAAGAUCCAGGGAAUCUGCUUUCUGCACUUGAAGGUUCAUCUGGAAUGCAGAUAUCUGAAGCCCUGAAGCUGCAGAUGGAGGUCCAGAAGCGGCUACAUGAACAAUUAGAGGUGCAAAGGCAGCUACAGCUGCGAAUUGAGGCGCAGGGGAAGUAUCUCCAGAAGAUCAUCGAAGAGCAGCAGCGUGUCAUUGGUGCAGGAGCUUCCAGAGCCACGUCAAGCGAACAAUUGCCUGACUCUGAGAAAACUAACCCACCAACUCCAGUACCAAUUUCUGAAUCUCCAGUUCAGGGUGCACCCCAUAGCAAGAACAGUCAAAGCCAAGUUGAGCCGACGAAGAGCCCUUCGCAUGAUGAUGCUCUCCCGUGUGGUGAACCUUUAACACCUGACUCCAGCUGCCGGCCUGGUUCACCGACGCUCAGCCCAAAGCAUGAGCGUGCAGCCAAGAGACAGAGGGGCAGUGAUGCAGGCGAUGUCACAGCAUUCGCAGAUGGAGAAUUUGUACUUCCACCAGGCAUCUUUGAGUCAAGCACAGGAUCCGAGUUCCAAGAAUGUUCGAUGCCUUAUUCAGGCCAUUAGCCUAUGGUGCUCUGAUCAUCAGUCCAUCACCUUGACAAAGCUUACAUGGUAAGAUUUCAUCUGUAGCCGUUGGUAGAUUUUGGCCUUGUCAACACAAAUACCUUUAGACAGAGAGUCUAGGUUUCAAAAGGAAAUUGGGCACAUGACAUGCAGAGUAGCUGUAAUUCUUGCACUGUUGUUAGAUGUUCAUGGGGACUAAUGUAACUGAUAUUUAAUUAAAAAAUAUUAUUUUAGAAUGACUUAUGUUAUGCUUCAUGCCAAUCUUCUUUGUUGUCUGUUCUUGCUGUAAAUCUGGGGUGCACUGUCAAUUUAGGAACCAUCUGUUGUUAGAAUGACUUGUGCUGUAAUAGUAACGACCGACGAAAUGGCCUACUUCAACUUUUAAC